UAGUCAGGCGCCACAUGGGCAGCCUUUCCAAACAGAAACAUUUAGGGUCCAUUUGCUUCACGUGUUCUGCUGUUCUGCCACCAUGCCGAAGUCAAAGAGGGACAAGAAAAUCUCAUUAACAAAAACUGCCAAGAAGGGUCUGGAAUCCAAACAGAAGUUAAUCGAGGAGCUACGGAAAUGUGUGGACACCUAUAGAAACCUGUUCAUAUUCUCUGUGGAAAAUAUGAGAAAUAACAAGCUGAAAGACGUCAGAACAGCAUGGAAACAUAGCAGAUUCUUCUUUGGAAAAAAUAAAGUGAUGAUUGUUGCUUUGGGAAAAGGACAAACAGAUGAAUACAAAGAUAAUUUGCACAAAGUCAGCAAGUAUUUGCGUGGAGAGGUGGGAGCACUUUUCACUAACAAAACAAAGGAUGAAGUACAAGAAUAUUUUAACCAUUUCAAAGACACGGACUACGCUCGCGCAGGCAACCAGGCACAGAUGGACGUAACGCUGGAAGAAGGUCCUCUUGAACAGUUUCCUCACUCAAUGGAGCCUCAACUGAGGCAGCUGGGACUUCCCACUGCUUUAAAGAAAGGAGUGGUAACGCUUCUCAAAGCCUACGAUGUCUGCAAAGAAGGGGACGUUCUGACUCCUGAACAAGCUCGGCUUCUGAAACUGUUUGCCAUUGAGAUGGCAGAAUUUAAAGUCCAGAUCAAAUGUAUGUGGAACUCGGAGACAGGCGAGUUUGAGAGUUUGGCUGGUGAGGAAGAGCCUGUGGAGGAAAAGGAUGAUGAGGAUGAUGAUGCAGAAUAAAACUUCUGCGAAGACAGCUAACAUUUAA